CAUUCCGCCCGAUGACCCGGAAGCAGUGCCCGGAACGUGCAGCGGCCGCUCGGUGUCGCAGUGGUUGCUACCGUGGUUGAGGCGGGAUCCGGCUCAAACAUGUCAGACGAUGAAGGUGUCCCUGUGGUGAAGAAGUCCCGUAUAUUCUACGGUAGUUUGGCGGAGAAGGAAAAGGAGCGUCUGGCUAAGGGAGAAUCCUUGCUGGGCAAAGUAUCCGUGAGGUCUGGAAUUGACUACGGGAAUAUUAACAUUGGUGGAGGAGAGUCCUUUGACCUUGAGGAGCACAUCAACGAGAGGCAGGCGGAGGUUCUCGCAGAGUUUGAGCGCAGGAAGCGAGCGAGGCAGAUCAAUGUGUCCACCGAUGACUCAGAGGUGAAGGCAUGUCUGAGAGCCCUUGGAGAGCCGAUAACGCUGUUUGGUGAAGGGCCUGCAGAGAGGAGAGAAAGGUUGCGAAAUGUUCUCUCGGUGGUUGGCACAGACGCCUUAAAGAAGACGAAGAAAGAUGAAGAGAAGAAGACGUCAAGUGAUGAGUAUCAACAGACCUGGUAUCAUGAGGGCCCUAACUCGCUGAAAGCCGCCCGCCUGUGGAUUGCACGUUAUUCCCUACCACGGGCACUGACGCGUUUGAAAGCUGCCCGGGAAUACAGGAGUAUCCCAGAAUCCACCAGGACGUCCCAGAAACAAGAGCUGGACAAAUCUCUUAGAUCCUUGAACAACUUUUGCAGCCAAAUAGGAGAUGAUCGUCCGUUGUCCUUUUGCCAUUUUAGUCCUAACUCCAAACUCUUGGCUACGGCGUGUUGGAGCGGACUGUGCAAACUGUGGUCGGUGCCAGAUUGUAACCCUUUGCGGACUUUGCGAGGGCACAACACAAAUGUCGGAGCCAUCGUCUUUCAUCCCAAAUCCACUUUGUCCCUGGAUGAAAAAGAUGUCAACCUGGCUUCCUGUGGGGCAGACGGCUCCGUUAAACUGUGGAACCUAGAGAGCGAUGAACCAGUCGCAGACAUAGAAGGUCACACAAUGAGGGUGGCGAGAGUGAUGUGGCAUCCGUCUGGGCGCUUUCUGGGCACAACAUGCUACGACCGGUCGUGGAGAUUGUGGGAUCUAGAGGCACAGGAAGAGAUUCUGCAUCAGGAGGGGCACAGUAAGGGGGUGUACGACCUCUCCUUCCACCUGGACGGGUCUUUGGCUGGCACCGGAGGUCUGGACGCCUUUGGCCGAGUGUGGGAUCUGCGGACCGGUCGCUGUAUCAUGUUCCUGGAAGGUCACCUGAAAGAAAUCUACAGCAUCAACUUCUCACCCAAUGGAUAUCAUGCAGCCACUGGCAGCGGCGACAACACCUGCAAAGUGUGGGACCUCCGGCAGAGGCGGUGUAUCUAUACUAUCCCGGCACACCAAAACUUGGUCAGCGCUGUUAAGUUCCAACCCACAAAUGGUCAGUACUUGCUGACAGGAGCCUACGACAAUACUGCCAAAGUGUGGGGACACCCCUUGUGGUCUCCGCUGAAGACCUUGGCUGGGCACGAGGGCAAAGUGAUGGGCCUGGAUAUCUCCUCGGAUGGAGAACUCAUCGCCACCUGUUCCUUCGACAGAACUUUUAAGCUUUGGAUGGUGGAAUAAGGGGACUUUUAUAACAUGGGAACAUUAUUGAACGAAAUAUGUGACUGGAGCUGGUGCACCCGGAUAUUGUGGUCCUCCUAUAGAACACAGUGGGAAAUGGGCAGUUUUAUUUACAUUGCUUUAAAACGUGUUCCUCUCAGAGACUGAAUCUAUCUCAUCCCGGCAGUGUUCCGUGUGCGACUUCUCUGGGGAAAGGAGAGGUUUCACUGACCGGUGGGGGACAAGAUGGGAAUCGUGAUGUCAGGGGCCCCGUGCUCCUCUUGUUGCAGAACUGUUGUAUCAUACCAAUGAUUAAAUGUGGCUCUCAGUUUCAA